AGUGGCUUCGGAUAAAGUUUCUUUCGUGGAACCUUAUGCCCACCAAUAUUUUCAUUCAAAAGAAGGAGAAAUGUUUCUGACGGGAUUGCAAUCUCGCCACAAUUGUGUCAUUUAUGUCGGGGAGACAUGCCGGCGUUUCAAAUGAUAGUAUGUACCCCCGACUCCGUCAAGCAUACAGAGUUCGGGGUCACUUGGAUAUUACGAAACUGCUGAAAAGAUUAGACUGCUUUUAUUCCAUGGUGAUAUAACGCGACAUCCGUGUGACGUAAUUGUAAACGCUGCCAACGAAGAAUUAAAGCAUAUAUAGGUGGAGUUGCAAAAUGCAUUCUCGAUGCCGGAGGUUAUGAGAUUCAGGAUGAGUGCGAAGCCCAUGUUGAAAAGAGGGACAGCUUUAUGAAGGAGAAUGUUUUGUUGGAAAGCCGGGAAAAUUACAUUUUAGUGCAUCAUACACGCUGUGGCUCCAAAAUGGAACGACAGAAAUCACGAGAAAACGCGAAGAAUACUUCAUGUUACAUGUACAAAGGUGCUGUUUGAAGCAAAAGAGUUUCAAACGAUCGCAAUUCCUGCUCUUGGGAGUGGUGUUUUGAAUUCCAAAGAUGUCUGCGCUGAAGUGAUGAUUGAGGCAGUAAGGAAUUUAGUAGCACUCAUCGUGAUAGCAAACUAAAGAGAUUCAUUUUGUCAACAAUGAUAAGGCAAGCUUUAUGCAUUUCAAAAGCAAUUUGAUUUGAAAUUUGGCAGUAGUUCUUCCGGGAAAACAAAUUAUAUUUCCGGGGCAACUUCAAAAAUAAAGAAAACUGCGCAUGGGUAUUACCAGUCUGCCAGUAAGAAAGCAUCGAGCAUCUCAAGAUCAAGUGUUGACAAUGUAUUCCGUCAAAGAGAACCCGUUGACCAUAUUGUUAUCAAAGGAAAGAUGAGAAUUUCUGUAGUCGUUGGUGACUUGUCAAAAUAUACGGCUGACGUUCUUGUUAAUACUACUGGAGAAUCUCUUCAGCUUCAUUCCAAUCCCUGCAGCCAAUCGCUGAGCACAGCUGCAGGGCCCGAACUUCAAAACGAGUGCAAUAGGAUUGGUUCGUUGAAGUUAAACAAUGUGGCAAUCACCUCAGGUAGUAAUUUACAAUGUCACAACGUCUAUCAUGUCGUAUGUGUUAAAUGGAAUAACGGCGAAGGAGAAAAGGUAUUGCGAUCUAUUAUAAAGCUAUGCUUGUCAACCGCUACUACGAAUGGAAAACAGUCGAUUGCAUUUCCAGCAAUUGGGACCGGAAUCCUCGGAUUCCCUCAAAAAGAAGCAGCGAGAAUAUUCUUCAAAAAGACUAAGUCGUUUGCGAGGAAGACUCAAAUAGUAGUCUAAAAGAAGUUGCUUUUGUCCUUUUCCACAAGGAUUUGAAAACUAUUGAAGCUUUUCAAAGUGAAUUAAAACAACAAGAAGAAUGGAAUGGAAGCAGUGAUUCUGAAAUCGAGGGUGCAAGUGAAUUUCGUCAGCGAUUUAGUAAAAGUUUCUCAACUGAAGACGAUAAGAACAAUGUAAUGUCUAUUAAAGUGUGCGACGAUAAAGAAAUUUAUAUUGUUAAAGGUGAUAUCACGAAAGAAACUAGUGAUGUCAUUGCCCAUGUGACAAACCCACACUUAGUAAUGGGAAGUGGCGUUGCCAGAGCCUUAUCUAAGGCUGGUGGUAGAGAGAUUGAGCGUGCCUGCGAACUCCUAUUGAAACGUGACGCGCCGUUGCAUUUCAAUACUGUUUUGACUACUGCUGGAAAUUUAAAGGCAAACUAUAUCGCACAUAUGGUCGCUGGAAACAGUCCAAGUUUAAAUGAAAUCGAGAAAUGUCUGAAAGAUUUAUUUGAUACGAUUACUAAACUAGAGUUAGAAAGCGUCUCGUUACCUGCCGUAGGAACGGGCUCUUUAAACUGCGAUCCUGAAAAGGUUGCUUCGACACUUCUCAAAUCAAUCAUCCGUGGCCAACAAUCAAAUCCUGGAUCGCCCAACAAAGUUCGCAUUGUUUUAAAGGAAGACGAACUUGUCGAGGUAUUCGAGAAAGCCGUGAACGGCAUGAGCGAAUUUGGUGAUCAAAGCUGGUGGAAGAGAAUUAGCAACUAUUUGACUGGAUCAUCCGUGCCGCGGAUCAAUAUUAAACCAAAAUCACCAAAUAACUCCAGGACCCUGUGGCUUUCAAUUUAUGCGAAAGACGAUGAAUGUCUAAGGUUGACAAUUGCAGGUAUUAUGGAUGUGAUUAAGUCGCACAAAAAAAGAGACAAAUUUGAGGACGAGAACAUUAAAAACUUAUCAUCGUCACAAAUAAAAGAUCUGGAAGACUUAUUCCUUGCAUACAACAUCGAAGCUACUAUUGAAGAAAAACUUGAUCGGAUUUUGAUGUAUGGACAUGCCGACGACAUCUUAAAAGUUAAAAGCGAGAUUUUCAAGUUCUUCAAAGAACUUGACCAAGUGGAGAAAGAAUGGAAGAAGGAUGAAUUUGAUCAUGGUUUGGCCAGUAUUGUUUCCCAGUGCGUUCAAUGGUACUAUGUGGGUCCAAAAACUGGAGCUCUCGUAGAAUACGAUCCAAGAACAAACGCCAUUAUUGAAAAGGCGUAUAGCAAUCAGGAGAAAUCUGUAAAAUUUUGCUUAAAAGAACAAGAUUGUGAAAUCGAUUUCCAUGGAAUGAUUGAGAAAAACUCAUCUCUUAAGGUGCCAGACUUGAAAGUAAUAAGAAAAGAACUCAAAGCGGAAACUGCUCUCCCUGAUUACUGGGAUCCUCAACCUCGUGAUGCAAACGGCAAAGAACAUGUCUUUCAUCUUGUUACUUUGGAUCAGCAGAAUCCACGUCAUCAGAAGGAAUACAAUGAGGUGAGCGCUGACUUCUUAAAGACUGCCAGGCACAAAAUAAUUAGCAUUCAAAGGGUCCAGAAUCCCACUUUGUACAAGCAGUAUCUGCUGAAGAAGAAAAGUUUGGAUGCAAAAAAUGGAAGCUGUGAAAAAUGGUUGUUUCACGGCACAGCAGGCAAUAAUUUACAAAAAAUCAACGAAAGUGGACUGAAUCGAAGUUUUUCUGGUUACUCUCAUGGAGCGGCUCACGGACGAGGUGUAUACUUUGCUACUGAUGCAUCUAUGUCUGCUGGAUAUGCACAGCCAUAUGGCUCAACCGGAAGUCGAUAUAUGUAUCGCACCAAAGUUGCUGUUGGUAAAUUCACUCUUAGUAACCAAAGUUUCGUUGUUCCACCAGACAUAUCUCCUGGUAAUGCCUACGACUCUGUUGUCGACAACAUGGCCAAUCCCAAAAUUUAUGUUUUAUUUUACGAUAAUCAGUACUAUCCCGAAUACCUUAUCACCUUCACUUGAAAUUUUACUCGAGACAAGGUGUUGUUAAACGAUUUUAAAUAUGUGUAAUUUCAUCAUUGACUAGCUAAUUAAUGAAUAUGAAAUUUCUAAAUAUAAAAUCUUUUUAUGGAAAAUGUUUGGGCUCAAACCGAAACUCGGUUUUUUAAGAUACCUUUGUUCUUUUACAAAAUUAUUGCUACAUAAUUUUCCAAAUAAAAUGUGCACUUGACCUUUUGUA